AUGCCCUCUCCUACAGACAACGCGGAAGAUGCCCCUACCAAUGCUCCCGCCACAUGUCCGAUGAAAGAAUGGCCGCGUGCACUCCACCACAUUGAUCGAAAGGAGCUCUACGUCAACCUCGAAAGCCGAAUUCACUAUCUACACACCUUUCUCGACUUUAGCUCCAACGACAUUGAAGCCCUGAUCAAUGGAUCCAAAUACGUCAAAGCCCUCAUCCCCGCUAUCGUCAAUAUCGUAUACCGCAAACUUUUGCAAUACGACAUCACGGCGCGAGCAUUCCAAACCAGGAGCACCAGCUUCGAAGGUCCGCUCGACGAAUUCCCCAGCGAGGAUAGCCCGCAGAUUAUGCAUCGAAAGAUGUUUUUGAGGGGUUACUUGGUCAAACUUUGCUCCGAUCCAAGCAAGAUGGAAUUCUGGGAGUAUCUCGACAAAGUCGGCAUGAUGCACGUCGGCCAAGGGCGGCAACAUCCCCUGCACGUCGAAUACAUCCACAUUGGGGCCUGUCUCUCCUUCAUUCAAGAUACCUUCACCGAGGCAAUUCUGUCCCAUCCGCGCCUUCAGCUAUAUCGGAAAAUUGCACUGGUCAAAGCAAUGGGAAAAGUAAUCUGGAUCCAAAACGACCUGUUUGCAAAAUGGUAUGUCCGGGAUGGCGAAGAGUAUGCCGGUAGCGAAACGGACAAGGUGGCUGUUGAAGAAGAGGGCUAUCUACAUGGGCAGAGGGUGGUUGGGGAGCCGGAUGAGAUGCUGUCUAGUGGUAAUUUCAGUGCCAGUGCUGGGUAA